AUGGGUGCGAAAUCAAUAAACUUGUCGCAGUGGAGUCGAAUUGCGACCAGAUCCUCAAGGAGCUUAGCCAUUCCGCGACGAGCGUUUUCAACAUCCCCAGCAUGGCAAAAGGCUGGUGUGGUUCCUUCGUUCAACAAAAGCUCCUCGACUGAGCUUGAUGAUCUUUUGAAAACCAUCCGCGACUUGAUCAUCAUGCCAGGCUACCUUUCCCCAGCACAACAAGAUCUGGUAUACAAGCCCAAACACCGCAAGAUGCUCAUCAACGACGAAGUUACCGCGAAUAUCGCCGGCGAGAAGUUUCGGUUGGAAUACAUUGAUGUGGAACACGUCAGGCCUAGUCCAAGAAAGGCUCUGUUGAAUGCUUUGGAGAAGUUUCAGGAAAAAGAUAUGGACAUGCUCCCCGGCCUUUUAGAAGGCAUACACAAGUCUCAACCAAAAGUGACAGCAAGACCGGCUGUAGUAAGGAUGGUGAUCACUAGAGCUGCGAAGUUCAAUCGCGAAGAUGUUCUUCUAGAGUGCGUGCGGCAAGCUGAAGCCACUGGACUGCGUCUGGGCAACGAGGAUUGCGCAAGAAAUCUUAUGUGUUCUUAUCUUGCAAAGGCUAAAUCUGAAGGCACCGCAGAAGCUCUCAAGAAAGCUAUCAAGUGGUCGGAAAUGACUCUAGACCUUCUCGAGGACCCGAAACACGUCAGCGAAUACCCAGAUCUACCUGAUCCUAGGACUCUCCCAGAAGUCGUGGCUCCACAUGUAGAACUUACUGCGAUAAAGGCUAAGCAGACGGGGGACGCCAAUGAUAUCGGGCAAGUUGAACAGUACGGAAAAAGACUUCUGGCGCUAUCGCCCAACGCUAGAAAACCAACAAAGGAAGAUUAUGGAUAUCUGAACAUAUGGCUGAACGAUAACGCCCUUGGUCUCUAUACGGCCGCAAACUCCGCAGGCGAGGUUCUGGGGUCUGGGUCAGAGACUGGCGCCAGCCUGACAAAAUGGGCGUCGAAAUUAAAGGAGCAGAUGACACCUAUGUAUAACUCAAUGAAGGACACCGACUGGGCACAGGAAAAGACUCGAACAGGAAUACAGAAGUAUAAGGAAGUAUUCGGGGACGAGUCGUGA